AUGCGCAACUGCGGCUUUUUCUGCCGGAGAUCGUAUUCGACAGCACGCUUCAGUGCACAUACUUUGUGCCUCUAGAACGAGUGGCUGUAUCGCCACCAAGGCAUUUAGAGAUGGAGCCUGUGCCUGCUUUAACGGUCGUUGUCGAUUUUGAUAAUGUUUUAGAAAGUGGAGUUGGGAAGGAAAUCGCAAGAACUUGUGAAAGUUGCGGGAAAACGUUUCCAAGUAUUGUGAGACUCCUACAGCACAAGAGGCAGCAUAAACAUAGACAAACAGUAACAGAAGGGGACAUAACAGAAGCCUGGUGUAAUGUCAGUAACAACAGUACGAUCCCGAACAAUGUACUUGCGUACUUCAUUGAUGUUUGCAAUAGGAAUAGGAAAACAACCAACGGAGGUUCCGAUUUCAUGUCAUCGUUCAGCAAAGAUGCCAUAGAAAAGAUACCAUCACUUAUUCCUGAAAUGCCACGUACUCGUUUACUGCAGACCGUGCGCAAAGUUUUCGAUCAACUUGCGAUAAAACAAGCAAGCAAAGACACUGGGAAACUCAGUAGAGAUAUGCCGAACUUGAAUAAGGAUGAAAUUUUCAUCAUUGAAUAUAUAGGAGGCCACAUCCUGCAGCGCAUGAGAAAAUUGACUAAAAACCCCGAAGAGUAUGAUUGUAUAUGCAGCCUUAUUUGUAAAGAGCCACAAAACCCACCAGACUCUCUUAUAACUGUAUUGCAAAAUAAAGAUUAUGGGUCGCUAACUACACCUGCGCCAGAAUUGGUUCAAUUUCUGGUAGAACUUGAGAAAGAAUUCAGGAAAGGAUAUAAGCAUGAUAAAAUUUUGUUCAAUAUUUUGGACAACAUUAAUCUAAAUGAUAUGAGCAUUGCUUUACGAAAUAUUAUUACUUUGGAUCAGAUUGAAAAAAUGUCGUUACAUUAUUUAAAAAUCCGUUGCUACCAAAAAGCUAGAGUUCUAAAUGAUCAGUUCAACCACCCAAAAGAUCAAAACAUUGGCCUUCGCAAAGCGUUGAAGGCAAAAUUGGGUGGUGAGAAGCCAUAAUUUUUUAUUCAAUUAGCCCACUUGGAUACUUCGUAGCAUAAACCCCUGAUCAUAUGUGACAUCUGGAAAAUAUAUAGAAUGCUAUAUGUGAAUGAUCUCUCUUAUAGGCCAGGAGCCUCUGUGACCUAACCCUUUACUGCUUAAUUAUUUUACUGUUUAUUCAAAUUUAUCAUAGUGCUGACAUGGUUUGUGAUAAUAAAAUCUUUCA